AUGUCAAUCAUAUUAUUAGGAAAUAUUGGUACAGGCAAAACAACACUAUAUAAUAAAAUUACUUCAUCCUAAGAAAAAACCUAUUUAGGUGGAACAGCAGACACUAAGAGUGUUUUUAUAAAAAACUCAAGAUUUGGUUCAGGAUUUUUAGUAUUAGAUACUCCAGGUUUCGGAAAUAGUGAAAAUAAACUAGAUCAUAUUGCUGGUGUGCUUUCUGCUUUAUCUGAAGGACCAAUUAACCGAAUUUUUAUACUCCUUAGAUUUUAGAGAACUGAUUGGAUAAAAAGCAAUGUUAAAACUAUACUUCCUGCAUUUAUGAAUUAUAUCAACAUGAUCACAGUAAUUAUCACAUUUUGGGAUUAUUGUGAGGAAAAUAAAGAAGCAUAUAAUAAAAAGGAAAUUCAAUAAAUGCUUACUUAGUUACAAAUUAAUUCUGUGAUGUUUGUUGGGAGGAAGGACACCCCAGAAAGUAUGUGUUAAUAAAUUGAUCAAAUCAUCUCAAAAUCGAAGGCAUAAAAUGUUAAUCUUACCGAAAAUGAAAUCUUCUAGAAUUUUGAUAUGACAGAUUAGGAUGAAAUGGAAUUUUUUGAAAUUCAGCAUAUUGUUGAAGAAUUCUAAUCAUAUUAUAUUGAAUUUGCUCGAAAUAUGUAAUAAUUAAUUAAUUAGAAAAGUAUUUCAAAGGAAUUAUAGACAGAUUUUAUCUACUCUAUAACUUAGCUUGCAAAACAAAUGCUAGAAUAGACUAUGAAUACAUUUGAGAAAAGGAUAUUAAAAUUAAUAGAUAAUUAAAGUGAAGUUAAUUAACUUAAGUCUUUCAAAAUUCAUUCCGAGCUUAAGAAUAGAUUGUUUGAAAGAUAUUAAUAAAUUGUUGAUCAGGUCCAUCGGAAAUAUUAUAAAGGAAAGCAUUUCUCUAAUUAUAUAAAAAAAUGCUAUUAUUGUGGUCAAAUUUGGUUCUAAGUAACUGGUUGUGAAGGCUAGACAGUUUGUGGACGCCUUAAUGAAAAUCCUUAGGAUGAAUUCAUCCAAUAGGAAGCAGCUCCUCAAUAAUAUAUUAUAACUUACGAGAAGGGCAGUUUGGAAUAUAAGCCUAAUGAAUCUGUAAAGCCAAAAGCUGUGGUUUUAAAUGAAAGAAAUAAACGAAAUUUAAUGUCGAAUCCAAGUUAUAUUCAAAAAAUGACUUUGGGUGAUGAAACAUUCAAUGUAGGGAUUGGGUGUAGAAGAGUAAUAGAUUGGGGGAAAAUGCUUCCAUUGUCCAAAUAAGAAAUGGAUGAGCUUUUAAGUUAUUUAGAUGAUAAAUUGCGUGAUGAAAUGAUUGAAGCAGAAAAAAGGAUAACAUAAAAAAAAAAAAUGGUUUAUAAAAAUUAACUAGAGAUGAAAAAAAUAGAAUAAAAAUAAAAAACUAAAAGAGCAUGA